UCUCGCCUCGGGUGGGCGGUGCGCUGACGCGCGUGUCCGCGGCGCGUCACCGCCAGCUGGAUGUGCCGACGCGUCGUGGACUUGUGGUCACGCCGGCAGAAGGACAGGAAGAAAUAGGACGAGGAGGUUUGCUUGAGGACCGACGGAGGGACAGGGAGAGAGAGAGAGGAGCGAUCGCCAGGCAGCCAGGCGGGCAGUCGGCCGACCGGCUGGCCGCAGACAACAACACUCUUCCUCCACCUGCCCGCCCCGCCCCGCCCCCCGCGGUGCCCACCAACACUUCAAGUGGUCCCCGUGAACGCAACAUACGCUCUCCCCCAUGAGCGCAGCAACUUGUCUUCUUUUUCUCCUUCUCUUUUCUUCCCGUUCUGGGAACGAUGUAAGGGCAAAAUGUUUGUCCUCCAGAUGUGCGCCGCCUUCUUGGUCUUCCUGCCGCCGGGUCGCCAGGCCCAUUUGAUGUGCGACGCCAUCCUCGCGGCGGCCGCUGAUGCCUCCUCCUCCGGACAAUGGCUGGAAUCGUCCUCCUGGAACGAGACACCGAGCAACGGCAGCGUCGCACCGAGCGACGGCAGCGUAGCACAGAGCAACGGCAGCGUCGCACAGAGCAACGGCAGCGUCGCACAGAGCAACGGCAGCGUCGCACAGAGCAACGGCAGCGUCGCACCGAGCGUUGCGGACGUGUACUGCGAGGCGUCGCUGGACGGCAUCGGCACCUGCUGGCCCCGCAGCCCCGCCGCUCACGUGGUGUCCAGACCUUGUCCCGAGAUGUUCUACGGCGUCCGCUACAACACCACCAACAGCGUGUACAGGAAGUGCCUGUCCAACGGCACGUGGGCUCCCAAGGGCAACUACUCCAUGUGCAAGGCCAUCCUGCACCAAGAGAAAAAGGGCAAGAUGCACUACCAGAUGGCGGUGAUCAUCAACUUCCUGGGACACGUCAUCUCCAUGCUGGCGCUGCUGGUGGCCUUCUGCCUCUUCCUGUGUUUGAGGAGCAUCCGCUGCCUGAGGAACAUCAUCCACUGGAACCUGAUCAGCGCCUUCAUCCUGAGGAACGCCACCUGGUUCGUGGUGCAGCUCACCAUGAGCCCCGAGGUGCACGAGAGCAACGUGGUGUGGUGCCGCCUGGUCACGGCCUGCUUCAACUACUUCCACUCCACCAAUUUCUUCUGGAUGUUUGGCGAAGGCUGCUACCUGCACACCGCCAUCGUGCUCACGUACUCCACCGACAAGCUGCGCAAGUGGAUGUUCAUCUGCAUCGGCUGGUGUAUCCCGUUCCCCAUCAUCGUGGCCUGGGCCAUCGGGAAGCUCUACUACGACAACGAGAAGUGCUGGUUUGGGAAGCGGGCGGGCGUUUACACGGACUACAUUUACCAGGGUCCAAUGAUUCUGGUUCUGGUGAUCAAUUUCAUCUUCCUCUUCAACAUCGUCAGGAUCCUGAUGACCAAACUGCGAGCGUCCACCACCUCGGAGACCAUUCAGUAUAGGAAAGCGGUGAAGGCCACGCUGGUGCUGCUCCCCCUUUUGGGCAUCACCUACAUGCUCUUCUUCGUCAAUCCUGGCGAGGACGAGAUCUCGCAGCUGGUCUUCAUCUACUUCAACUCCUUCCUGGAGUCCUUCCAGGGCUUCUUUGUGUCCGUCUUUUACUGCUUCCUGAACAGUGAGGUGCGCUCGGCCGCCAGAAAGCGCUUCCGCCGCUGGCAGGAGCAGCACUCCAUCCGGGCCAGGAUGACGCAGGCCGUGUCCAUCCCCACCUCGCCGUCGCGGGUCAGCUUCCACAGCAUCAAGCAGUCCACCUCGCUGUGAAAAGUCCAGCAAGAUUAUUGGGGCCGGCCGGCCCGUGGCUCGGCCUCGCUUGCUCGGCUUUCCGCACAUUCCACACUUUGUUGCAAAGUUCUUUUCUCGCCCCGACGGCGGCAUUUAUUCGGUUCGGGCGUGUCAC